AUGAAGCUCCUUUACAUCGGUAUCAUCCGUAACGACUCCCAGCCCGCUCACGAGAUCGUCGCCGAAAAGGAACUCAGCGCCUACUCGCGCUUCACCCGCAACAACUAUGCCGAAUUCAUGAGCUUCACCGCCAAGACCGUCGCCGAGCGGACCCGCGCCGGCCAGCGCCAGGACGUCGAGGAGCAGGACUACACAUUCCACGCCUACGGCCGCUCAGAGGGCGUCUGCGGCAUCAUCAUCUCCGACCACCAGUACCCCGCCCUCGUCGCCCACCAGCUCCUCAGCAAGGUCGUCGACGAGUUCCUCGUCAAGAACCCGCGCUCCGCCUGGGCCACGGGCACCCCCUCCAUCCUCUUCCCCGAGCUCAAGGAGUACCUCGCCAAGUACCAGGACCCGGAGCAGGCCGACAGCAUCCUCAAGAUCCAAAAGGAGCUCGACGAGACCAAAAUCGUCCUCCACAAGACCAUCGAGAGCGUGCUGCAGCGCGGGGAGAAGAUCGAGGACCUCGUCACCAAGAGCGACGGGCUCAGCGCCCAGAGCAAGAUGUUUUACCAGCAAGCGAAGAAGCAGAACUCGUGCUGUGUGCUAAUGUAG